AUGAGCAACGCCGAAGACAACAACACGGGGUCGGAGGAGAAGGUGUACCGCUAUUGCGGCCACACAUUAAAGAUCACGAUGUUUAAAGGAUCGUCCUUGGGCCUUUCUGCUUACGUCUGGGGACCCGCACUUGUACUUUGUCAAUACUUUCAGGAUAAGAAGCUUGAUUUUAAAGGGAAGAAGGUGCUUGAACUGGGUUCUGGUACUGGAAUUGUGGGAAUUUUGGCAGCACUUCUGGGUGGACACGUUACCAUCACGGAUGUACCAGAGGUUUUGAAGCAAAUACAGUACAAUGUCAAUGCUAACAUCCCAGACGCCUCCAAACAUCACCCAAAAGUCUGUGCCCUUCAUUGGGGCACCGACCAGGAUGACUUCCCUUCCGACUAUGAUUUCAUUCUCGGGUCGGAUAUUGUGUACAGCCCCUUGCUCUUCCCAGGUCUUAUACAGACGCUUGUGCAUUGCAGCAAUGAAAACACCGCCAUUUACUUGUCAACUAACAUGCCCGCCAGAAUGGGGACCGAGAGGUUCCACAAGGAACUUGUAACAAGGGAAUUCGACAGCGAGCUCGUGUAUACCAACGGGAUGAUCUGUAUUUACAAAGUGACCAAAAAACACGCCAGAUAA